AGCGUAAACUCAUCUAGAUAAAAGAUCCUGGCGAAUACGCGAUUAAACAUAAAGUUUACCUGUUUGGUUAACGAACAACAAGGCCAUCGCUCAUAAGAAGGAAGCAAAAAUUAAAUUGAAAUAGAAACGAAAGGUGUAGCAAAAAUGUUGAAGCUUUUGUUCAGUAUCACAAUCUUGGUCGGAAUUGCUGUCCAAGAAAACAUGGCUAGCGGCACAUGUCGAAAGGCAAAUUGGUGGCAUAGUUUCGACAAACCUGGUUGGUCCAAUUGUCCUGCUAAUACUCCCUAUAUCAACGGUUUGUUGAGAAGUAAAUCCUCGCAUCCCCAUCGCGAUUGGAUAUACCAUCUUGAAGGGGCAAGUUGUUGUGAUGCCGGGAGACCAAAUGCUGAAUGUGUACAAGCUAAUUGGGUGCACAGUUUUGACAAACAUCGUACUUGGAACCUAUGCCCAGCAGGAUAUUAUCUGUCCGGAUUGCAUCGCUCACACGGCCAUAAUCUACACAAUAUUGAGCAUGCGCGGUGCUGCAAACCUCGUGGAGCACCGAAUUCUUACAAGUCAUGUUAUGAUGAGGGUGUUUGGUCCAGCUUUGACUGGAAUCGUAAGGGUAUGGUUUCAUGCAAAAAACCUGGUCACUUCAUCACCGGUCUUUACAGAUCUACCUGUAACCACUUGUAUUGUAUUGAUAUGUUCAAAUGCUGUGAAUUGUCUGAUGGCCGGUGGAGAAAUAUUGGAAAGGGAUGUGCUGGGGCAAGAGAUAACAAAUUUGCAAGUCUGACAUACAAGGGCCCUCCUGGUUUUGUUAGUGCAUUUAGGCUCACUCACACCCAUGGAAAAGUCGGAUGCGUUGGAAGCGCAAAAACAAAUUGGGGAUGUAAUGGUCAUUACCGCACCGAUAUGUACGUCACAGAUGUUCGCAACGCGGUUAUGUAUCCUUCUCGUGUAUUAACCAAGCCUCAUCAUCACGGCGGUUGGUAUCACCUGCCUGGCUAUUUCGAGAAUUCACCUCAGCUGGUGUUUUCAGAUGUUGGCACCAGGUUCAUUUAUCGAGGGCAGCAAAUGCGAGUCUGGUAUGGUGAAGAUCUUUACGGUUAUACCGAGCAUGACAACCAUGGAAGCACUUGCUUCACGGCUGAACUUUAUUUUGUUAAAUAGCCGUUUUUAGCGAUCAAAUUAAACUCGCUUAUUUCUUAUUACCCUUAAUUGUUAAAGGCUUUUGUUCGGUGUGUAAUUGUCACAAUUUUUUU